GCUUUCAGUAAUGUCUUCCAACGCCAUCGUCCAAUACACUGCUUCUUCAUCUCAUGCAAUUAACAGAUACGAUGUAUUUGUGAGCUUCCGUGGUGAAGACACACGUAACAACUUCACUGGUUUUCUCUUUCAAGCUCUCCGUAGAAAAGGCAUCCAUGCCUUCAAAGAUGAUGAAGAUCUCAAAAAAGGUGAAUCCAUAGCACCCGAGCUCCUCCAUGCUAUUCAAAGCUCUCGACUUUUCAUUAUUGUCUUCUCAAAGAACUAUGCUUCCUCCACCUGGUGCUUGCGUGAACUGGCAGAGAUACGUAACUGCGUUCAAACUUCGCCCAGACCUGUUAUACCUGUCUUUUAUGACGUUGAUCCUUCGGUGGUGCGCAAACAAAGUGAAUGUUAUGAGAAAGCAUUUGCAGAACACGAAAAGAGAUUCAGAGAAAACAAAGCGAAGAUGGAGGAAGCUGAGAGAUGGAGAGAAGCUCUCAAAGAAGUGGCCGAUCUCUCUGGUUGGGAUAUUCGAAAUAAGUCACAGUAUGCACAAAUUGAAGAAAUUGUUCAAAACAUAACAAAUAUUUUGGGUCCAAAAAUUUGUAGUCUUCCAAAGGAUGAACUAGUUGGGAUAGAGCGUGGACUUGAAAUAUUGGCAAAUCUUGUAUGUUUUGAGUCAUUUAAUAAUGUUCGAGUUGUUGGAAUCAGUGGGAUGGGUGGCAUAGGAAAGACUACUCUUGCUCGAGCUUUAUACGAAAAAAUCUAUCAUCAAUAUGAUUUUCAUUGUUUCAUUGAUGAUGUAAGCAAAAUAUAUCGAGAUUCAAGUUCAUUAGGUGUACAAAAGCAGUUAAUUUCUCAGUUUCUAAAUGAGAAAAAUCUAGAGAUUUCAAAUUCUUUUGAGGGAACAUGUUUGAUGUGGUCUAGGCUACACAAUGUUAAGGCACUUGUAGUUCUGGACAACAUUGAUGAAGUUGAACAACUAAGGAUAUUUACAGGGAACAGAGACACUUUGUUGCGUGAAUGCUUAGGUGGAGGGAGCAUAAUCAUCGUAGUUUCUAGGGAUGAACAUAUAUUGAGGACACAUGGAGUAGAUGACAUUUAUCAAGUCCAACCAUUGAAUUACGAAUAUGCUAUGCAACUGUUUUGUAGAAAUGCAUUCAAAGUUAAUCAUAUUUUGAGUGAUUACGAAAAGUUGGCAUGGGAUAUACUAUCUUAUGCUCAGGGCCACCCCUUAGCAAUUAAAGUAAUUGGGUCAUCUUUGUUUCGUCGAAAUGUGUCACAAUGGGAAAGUGCAUUGGCCAGGCUAAAAGAAAAAAAAAGUAAACAUAUUAUGGAUGUUUUGCGUAUAAGUUUUGAUCAGCUGGAUGANGAAGACAAACAAAUAUUUUUGGAUAUUGCAUGUGCCCUAUACUAUUAUGAUGAGAAAUAUGUGACGGAAGUUCUAAAGUUUCGUGGAUUUCAUCCUGAAUAUGGUCUACAAGUUUUGCAUGACAAAUCACUAAUAUCAAAAAUGGGUAGGUGUAUUUAUAUGCACAACUUGUUGAAGGACUUGGGCAGGUAUAUUGUCAAAGAAGAAUCACCAAAGGAACCCCUAAAGAGGAGUAGGUUGUGCAAUUACCAAGAUUUCCUCAAAGCUAUGUCGAAAAAUCAGGUAAAAUUAAUAGAUUCAAUUAUAAUUUUACGUUGCUAUUUUUUUAGAAGUUCUAAAACUGUGAGGAUAGAUGGUCUAUCGAAAAUUAAACACCUUAAGUUUCUUAAACUUGUGGGAGUGAACUGUUCAGGAAGUCUCAGUCAUCUUUCCAGUGAGUUAGGAUAUCUUACAUGGAACAAAUAUCCUUUUGAGUGUUUGCCUCAAAGUUUUCAGCCACACAAACUAGUGAAGUUAAAAUUGAGAGAGAGCAGUAUUCAACGACUAUGGAGUGACACAAAGGUGCUACCUAAUUUGAAGCUUUUGGAUCUCUCUUACUCCAAAGAAUUAGUUGAGAUGCCAGAUGUUGCAGAGGCCCUAAAUGUUGAAGAAAUAGUUCUUGAAGGAUGCAUACAGCUCCGAAAACUCAGUCCAUCGAUUGGUCUUCUGAGCAAGCUUACUAUUUUGAAUUUGAAAGACUGUGAAAACUUAGUAAGCUUACCUAAUAGCAUAUUGGGCCUGAAUUCUCUUGAAUAUCUGAGUGUCUAUGGUUGUUCAAAUCUGUUUAAUAAUGAGUUAUUAGAUGAAGCAAGUAACACAGAGCAUUUGAAGAAGCUUUGUUCAGUUGAAGGUCCUAUUCAUUCCCACUCAAUAUUCCCUUCAAUGAAAAAAGCACGAAGAGAGUCAGUUAGUUGUCUAUUACCAUCCUCUCCUAUUCUCCCUUGUUUGCGUGAACUCGAUCUAAGAUUUUGUAACUUAGUUAAAAUUCCUGAUGCUAUUGGAAAGUUAAGCUGCUUAGAAAAGCUAAAUUUGAAGGGAAACAAUUUUGUUACAUUGCCUAACCUCAAGGACCUUUUCAGACUUUAUUAUUUAAACUUACAAUGCUGCAAGCGAUUGAAAUACUUGCCUGACCUCCCUUCACGAACUCACUUGCCCUUAAAUCUUUACUCGUAUCCGAUGCAAUAUAUUGAAGACUACUUUCGUAUAGAGGACCGUAAAGAUUAUCCUGGAUUAAUGAUGUUCAACUGCCCAGAAAUAGUUGAGAGGGAACGGUGCACUAGCAUGACUAUUUCAUGGAUGCUACAAAUUCUUCAGUCGUGGUACAAGUCGGAAUGUCUUUCCUUUUCUUCAAGUCUUCGAAGUAUUAUCCCCGGAAGUGAAAUACCAAUGUGGUUCAACAAUCAGCUUCUGAGCAUGGACAAUUCAAUAAUCAUAGAUGUCUCUCCUUUUGUGCAUGACAAUAAUUUGAUUGGUGUUGUGUGCUGUGCAAUACUCAGUGAAGAUUUUUACAGAACAAGAAUAUCUGUGGAGCACUCAGAUCAUGUGUGCCUAUUUUAUUACUCUCGUCAACAGUUCUGCGAUAAAGAAGGCAUAUUUCGGGGCAAACUUAAUACACAUGACUUGAGUUUGAAAUUUAAAUUACAUGACGUGGUAAUCCUUUGUGCAAAGAUGAAGGAUAGGGACGAGGGAUGUUAUGAGUUUGAAGUGAAAAAAUACGGGUAUCGGUGGGUUAAAAAGCAAGAUCUACACUGACUCAUGGAUGAAAUUUGGCAGCAUGUUUUAAGCAAUACCUUCAGAAGACACACAAUUUUAUGAGUUGAAGACACAUGUACUAAAAAUACCUAAUGCUACAAUAUGCCGUGGAGUUACCAAUUUUAAAGAUUUCAAGAUCAACCAACAUUCUUACCCUUAAAUUUAAAUGACUAGUUUAAAGAGAGGCUGAAUUGAAAUUUCUAAAUAUUUUCGCAAAAAUUAGAAUUAUAUUUUAAUUA